UUACAGGUUAGUGCAGACUACAAUAUGACCAUACGAGAUCUUGUGACUGGAAUAGUUCAAGAAUUUCAUCUAGAGAACUACCAAGUGCGGGAAUUACCAGGAAAAACGCUUGCAGACUUGAAUGCCAAGGCUUCUUCUGUCGAAAAUUCUGAAAUUGCUAUCGAAGACGUUGAAAGAAGAAUGUCAAACUUUGAGUUAGAUAAUAUUCAUGCGAUCAAAGACCCAAGAUUACGUUGUGUGAAGGAGCUGCUUUACGAAGAAGAGCAAUUUUUUAAUGAUUUAAAGUGUGUGUUUGAAGUUUAUGCAGAACCCUUAAAAAAAUGGGGCAUGACAAGAGCGGAUUAUAAAGCUAUAUUUGAACCACUAGAAACAAUCUGUAAUCUAAACGUUAGAUUGAGUAACAUGUUGGAAGAAGCCGUUAAAAAGUGGGAAACUUCCACGACGUUGAUUGGAGGUAUAUUCACUGAAUUGGAUAUUCUGUGGUCAACGUACGAUGAUUAUUUUCAGUUCUUCAGGGGUACUCGAAUGUACUUAAAGCAAAAGAGAGAUUAUGAACCAGAAUUUCAAGCAUUUAUAAACCUGCAAAGAGGAGCUAGAAAUACACAUCUUGAAAUGUUACUUCUCAGACCAAUCCAGCACGUGGUUGACUACGAGAGGAUUUUAACGAGUUUACUUGAUAAGACUCCCGCUGACCAUCCUGAUCGGCAAGACCUUGACCACGUGGCAACAAACUUCAGACGGAUUGUACGAGAAAGAUCUGAAGAAAUAGUGGCUUUUGAAAACGAGGUAACGUAAAAUAACUGAGAUAUCUUGGAUGUUCUUGCUUUCGUUAUCUCUUACCUCAGUGUCCACUUAUUAGACCAUAACUGUGGUUAUCUGUAUUAUGACUCUUGUUUUACUAUGAAGGGGUUAUCUCUCUAAAAUGUUAUCGUAAAAUGAAUGUGCAAUGUAACAGUCAUUUGUGUGAGGGUAGACACGAACUGAUCUUCCACAUUGAUGGGCUGCAAGCAUUCCCAUGAGAGUUAAAAGACAAAAGCAUUGUAGUGCCGUUAACAAUGGACGCUAAUAAGAAAUCUUUCGUUAAAUGGCACCAACAUGGUCGCGAUGACGUAACGUGCAAUCGAAGAAUUUCAAUACCACAUCUCAUAUGCUAGUACUUAUUUAAGUCACACUUAGAGCUGGUUUCAUAUGACUGUGAAAAGCU